UGGAACUUUAAUUUAAUGAUCGACAGGAGUCACUCGCAUCUCACAUGAGUGGAUAUUUUCAACAGAGUUCAGUUUAACAAACGAAUCUUCUGUUUUUUUACUGUCACUUUGCAAUAUUUCAGUGAUGCUACGUACACUGUGCCGGACCGGCGGGGCCAUAUUCCAGCAGACCCAGCGCGCUGUGCCGAAGCUGUGUGUUAAUCCAGUCCAGCAGCGAUGGGCGUCCAGUCUUCCCAUGAACACCGUGGUGCUGUUCGUGCCCCAGCAGGAAGCCUGGGUGGUGGAGAGGAUGGGUCGCUUCCAUCGGAUCUUGGACCCGGGUUUGAACUUCCUAAUACCCAUACUUGAUAGAAUUCGCUACGUUCAAAGUCUCAAAGAAAUUGUGAUUGAUGUCCCGGAGCAGGCUGCAGUGUCUCUUGAUAAUGUAACACUGCAGAUUGAUGGUGUGCUUUACUUCAGGAAACUAGACCCCUUUAAGGCCAGCUACGGCGUCGAGGAUCCAGAGUACGCUGUCACACAGUUGGCACAGACCACCAUGCGUUCAGAACUGGGCAAACUCACACUGGACAGAGUGUUCCGAGAAAGAGAGUCCCUCAAUGCCAACAUCGUCCACUCCAUCAACCAAGCUUCAGACGAGUGGGGAAUCCGUUGCCUUCGUUAUGAAAUCAAAGAUAUACAUGUUCCACCUCGUGUCAAAGAGUCCAUGCAGAUGCAGGUGGAAGCCGAGCGUAAAAAGAGAGCCACAGUGCUGGAGUCUGAAGGGACAAGAGAAGCAGCCAUUAAUGUUGCUGAGGGUCAGGCCCAAGCCGUUCUGGCCAAAGCUGAGGCAAAAUCCAAAGCCAUCCGUCUGCUGGCAGAUGCUCUGACUGAGCAGAAUGGAAAUGCUGCUGCUUCACUAAGUGUAGCUGAGCAGUACGUGUCUGCUUUCUCCAACCUCGCCAAAGAGUCAAAUACCAUCCUACUGCCCUCUAACACUGGUGAUAUUAGUGGAAUGGUCUCGCAGGCUAUGACUAUUUACAAUACGCUGGCAAAGACGAGCCCAAGAGUAUCGCCAGACAUUGUUGGGGAGAACAACGAGGUGGUUGAGAACCAGUCAGGAUCGCCUCAUGAACAGAGAACUCAUGAAUGAAAUCAAACUACUUAAUGACAGAGAAGAAGCAGUUCAUGUUGAAGGUCCAAGGUUCGUGUUCAUAGAAACCUUCAAAUGACAGGACAGAAGGGGAAAAACUGCCAACUUCGUAAACUCUUCGGGAGUCUUGUCCUGGAGCCUGGGGGAGAGUUGCACCUUUUGUAUGAGGACUUGUAAUCUUCACUGAGUAUUGUGUGAUUAUUGUCUGUUUGAAAAAUUGACACCAGCCUCCAGGCAGCACAUACCAGUGACUAUCCAGCUGAUAUGGAUGUCAGCACAGACAGACAUGUAAAAAUAAGUCUCCUGUGAGCAAUUUGUUGUUAUUGCAUUUUUUUUUUUUUUUUUUAUGUGUUGGGCCCUUUUGACCACUCUACCUAAAGUUUAAGGGAAUUAUACCAUUCUGUUUUCUAACUUUGUAACCUAUUUUCCAUGACUGUAUUCAGGUUCUCUCUGGUUAUUAAUAUUCAUUAUAGAGGUUUUGACAAUUCUUCAUCUACUUCUAGCAGGAAUUUUAGGGACCACUGACUUUAAGUUGCUGCAUAUGAUGUCAGGCUGGAUUCCUCAUGUUUCCAAAAGUGUAGGAAAUUCACAAUUUAGCCCUAGACUCUAUUAAACCCCCUCUGAAAAGGUGAAGUGUUAUAUGUUAUGCUGUUAUAUGUUCCUCUUCUCUGAGUAUAAAUGUUCACCUCUGAGGUCUAACCAGUUAUAUUUGUUAAAUUUCAAGGUUCACUGCA